AGUUGUCAAUGAGUUUCCUUCAUUAAUCUCCGAACUCAUUAUGGAGAAAUUAGAUGAAGAUUUCGGGUGUAGAGAGCAGAAAGACGAUGACAGCGUAAUAUCAGAACGUUGCUGGCAGGAAAACCACCGCGGAGACAGCCGAAAAUGGCUGAUGAGGGACGGACAGAAGAAAAUCCCUCCUCACAGGAUUUAUUCAACAAUGAGAGCUUCUUAUUCACCCCCUGAGGAAGAUGUACAUCAGUACGUCGGAAAAAGGAGGGCCCUUUUCAUCAAGGAAUGCUACGAGAAAUCCUACGAGGAGGCUAUACAAGACAGGAAAAAGCCUCCACCAGUCGAGGAAUAUUGCACGGAAUAUGAUGGAAACUAUCACUCUCCAGGUUUCGAACCUGUACCGGAGGAUGUUCUACAUUCCCAACACGAAGAGCUAUACCAAAAGUAUCCGUUAUACGGCUCGUCAGCGAUGUCGUUUUGGCAACAUAAAUUCGAACGUCGUCGGGACGAGACGCAGCCAGCCAAAUUCACCAGAGUCACUGAUCCGAAGAAUCCGUUCAAGAGAAAUUCGACGUUCUCGACGCCAAUCUCCGAGGCUUUGUGCAGCACCGAAUGGUGAAUUGGACAAUGGAAACAUUUGCAUAUUUGAUGCGAGCCCUUAUAUGCGAUUACCACUCCAUUUUGGACCCCUCAACCGUGUGCAUUUCCCCCACUUUGAAAUAAAUAUGUGACGUGA